AUGGGCAAGUGGAACUCGCAAUGCAGGCGUUCGCACAGUGACCUGCCACGUUUGCACGAGCUGGAGUGCGCCGUGCAGGCCGAGCUUAAGGACGUGCAAGGGCGUGGAGAGUUGUUCCUGCGCUCUACAUCUGAGCUGACGUUGCUCAUGAAGAAGCUCGGUCGCACACAGGGCCGUGCUUACUUUCGCUACGUACUGCGUGACGUAUUCGGCGAGAAGUCAACACUGUACAAGGCACGCGGACCGCCCUCGACCGGGCAAGUGUGCGUGUAUGCCAAGAGUGUCAUUCAGCGACUGGCCAAGGCUAUCCACUUUGCACCUCUCGUGCUGCGUGCCGGUUGCCAUUACAUGCUCACUGAGUUUCGCAAGGCCUUUCCGGAGUGCAAGCAUGACGUACGUAUCGUGGUGGGUAGCCUGCUCUUCCUGCGGAUACUUUGCCCGGCGCUCAUCAAGCCCGAAAUGUUCGACUUUCCCGCCCACACAGCACAGUCACUACCUAUGGGCGUGCAGAUUGCCAAGAUAUUACAGCACACUAUUAGCGGAAAGUCCGUGGGUGAAAGCGGCCCCACGGUCACCGACAGCAACGCCUUCAUCUAUACCUUUCAGCCGUACGUGGCAAACUUUCUCGUGCGAUUUCCCCAGAUCCGUGCUGUGUUCAGUAAUGAGGAAUAUCAGCAGGUGCCCGAGGUGCGUGUGCCCGCACCCUCGACGCCCACACAUGGAGACAACUGGCCGUCGUCGCCGAACACUGAGUCGUGGGAUGCGUACCGUCCCUUGGGCAAGAUGUGCAGUUUCUCAAUGAGCGUUAAUAGCGCCAUUAAGAACAAGAAGAAGUUCUCACUGCGUUUUUGGUCUCGAGGCCAAGGUGGCGUCACACAACGACCAACGCCAUAG